AUGAGCGACGAACCCCCAAAGUCACCUCCGUCCAAGGACGAGGAGGUCCUCGACGACAAGGCCCAGGAAGCGCAGGACGAGGAGCAGAUCCAGCGAACUCUCAGCCAACUGCAGCAAGGAGGAGACCUCGGAAUCAAAUUCGACGAUACCCCAUUCGAUCAAUCUGGCAAGGCAGACGAUGCGCAGGACUUCGAGGACAUCAGCGACGAUGAUCUGCCGGAAGAGGAGGAAGGCGAAGGCAACCCCGCCACUUCCUUGUCCGUCCCAGGCCUGACAGAUGAUGGCGGCACAAGUAACGAUACAGACGAUCUGUUUGGUGAUGGUCCAUCGUCCCCGAUCGAGGUACCCGGCCCGCCGUCCCCAGCGCCUCACGUUCACGACCCCGACAAUGCCGAUGCGUCCCAGUACCGAGAUAUUAACUUCGACCCCGAGCCUGGAUAUGAGGGAGCGAACCAGGAUCCCGAUAUUCCCGCCCCGGCAGAGACGGCAGAAGAUUUGGUUAAGCAGGCGUGGCCGAGUUGGCAAAAGGGUGUUAUCCUGAAAUGGAACGAACUGCUGCCACCGAAGAAGGCGCGAUGGAUCGAAAAGAAGCCGACAAAGAAACCCAAGAUUCUCAUAUUCUCCAAGUUGACUCUGGAUCUUGCGGCUGAUCAAGAGAAGCUCUUCCGCAUUCCCGGAACAGCGACAGCUACGAGAAAGCAGAAGCGCAUCGACGACGACGCACGAGGCCUGGUGACUUGCGCGCAGCAAGAUUCGUCGGAUGAGGCAGAGGCAGAAGAUUUCAAUCUCGAGCAGGAAUCGGACUCAGAAGCCGUUGCGGGAUUCUCCCUUCAAGACAUUGAGAUGGUUUGCGACGACUGGUCGGACCGGAUCGAGCAGACUGAGCUGGACUUCAAGAAUCAACUGGCCCAAGAGGCUGCAGUUGAUGCGGCGGCCGCAGCGUCGCUCAAGCGUGUUCACGAUGAUGCGUUCGACGAUGAAUGGGAGCGCGAAUUCCUGGACGAAGAAGAGGCCAAACCGCCGCCACCCAAGAAGACACGCCCACCGCCACCGAAGGGUCUGCCUGAGAUACCCCGCUUCACUGCACCCUCGUUCGACUCAUUUGAGGAUGUUACCAAGCGUUCAUCUAAGCGCGUCAUUCUGGACCUAAACGACCCGUACCUCAUCUUGGAAGAAGCCGAGUCUCAACGCGGUCCCAAGCGCCAGCGUGUUGAACAAAAGCUCACGCGCACGGCGAACGGUCACCUCAGACCUGAUCUCUCUCAACGCUUUAACAUGUCCAACGACGACGCAUACGAGGCCCUGAAAGAGAACCAUCAACACAAGGUCAGAGCUACUCUCGGCAAUCUUUCUGUUGAACACAGUAUGCCGGCACUCAAGCUGGCGUGGCCAUUCUACAAGGUCAAGUUGGAUAUCAGGAAGGAAGGCUACCAUCGCCCUUACUUCAAGUUUGGCAAGCAUGAGCGCCAGAUGAUCAGGUUCAGCAAACUUGGCUACCACAAGCGGAAGCAGAUGAAGGGGAAGGCUCAUGAGGUCUUCCGGACCACCAAGGACCUGGGCAUCACAGACAACUCGACAGCGGUGCUGUUUGAGUACUGUGAACGCACACCUCCUGUUCUUUCCAACUUUGGUAUGGGUAACAGGGUCAUCAACUACUACCGAAAGAAAAAGGUAGAUGAUGAGGAGGUUCCGCCCAAGAUGGAAAUCGGCGAAUCCCACGUUCUUCUCCCCGAGGACAGGUCACCAUUUGCAAUUUUCGGCGAGGUAGAAGUGGGCCAGACGAUGCCGACUCUACAUAACCAAAUGUACCGCGCGCCAAUUUUCAAACACAAGCCGCGCUCCACGGACUUCCUCUGCGUUCGAAGCUCAACAGGCGUGGACGGCUCCAGCUGGUACCUCCACAAGAUUGACCAUCUCUACGUCGUCGGCCAGACUUUCCCAUCUGUGGAAAUCCCAGGGCCUCACAGCCGAAAGGUAACCAACGCCUCCAAAAACCGAAUCAAGAUGAUUUCGUAUCGCAUGAUGAGACGGAAUGAACACAGCCUUGUCAACCUGUCGGAGGUCACGAAGCACAUUGCCGACUCUACAGACGCCCAAAACAGGCAAAAACUGAAGGAAUUCCUGGUCUACGCCAAACUCGAGAAAGGUUUGUGGGGACUGAAGCCAGGCGAAACCCUUAUGGACGAAAACAGCAUUCGUGCCAUGAUCAAGCCUGAGGAGGUCUGUCUCAUCGACGGUAUGCAGCUAGGCAUGCAAAUGCUAGAAGACGCCGGUUUUGACCCCAAUAACGUCAACUUGGAGGACGAUAACGAUGAGCCUGCUGAAGAUGAUGACGAGGAGCGCACCGGCAAAGGUGGCAAGAAGGCUGCCGAGAAGAACGAAGAAAGACUAGCGGACAGAAUGACACCGUGGAAGACAAGCAAGGCGUUCAUUGAUGCUUGCGCCGGCAAAGCUAUGCUCAAGCUUCACGGACAAGGCGACCCGACCGGACAUGGUCUUGGUUUCAGCUUCAUCAGAACCUCCAUGAAGGGAGGCUACCUCGAGACGGUUCAGAAGGGUGGAUCUCAUACCACGGCGGCUGAUGCCAUGGCUGCCCAUCCGGAUACCCUGCGGAAACAGAACAACGGCCAUGCCUACAACGUCAAGGAGCAAGAGGCCAUGUACAGGAAAGGCAUCCGCGAGAUCUGGGAAAAGCAAAAAGCCAGUCUCGAAGACGGUGCUGAAAAAGAGGAUGAGCUCGUGGUCCCGGCACCAGCAGACGAAGAUGAUCGAUUUUUACCGCAGAGAGCUCAAACCCCCGCACACCAUGCUGAUGAAGGCAUGAGUCAAAUCACUGGACUAACGACCUCUACAAGCCGGAACCAGCGAAAACGACUCAAGAUUACCCGCGAAGUCCACAAUGAGGCAGGCGCUGUCGAGCUGAAGACUGUCAUCAUUGAAGACCCUGUUGUGAUAGACCGAUACAUCAAACGAAAGAAGGAACUCGAGUUGGAGGACAUCAAGUACGGAUCCCCGUCCAGCUUCCCCUACCACGAUCCCAUCUCAGGUCUAUCCUUCAAUCUUGUAGCUCUCCCUACUCACAUAUACGCGUGUCUAGUAUCUAUGAGGGCCGCCCUACCGGAGUUGCUGAUGACGACCACCGCAGACUGGUUGAGUAAGGAGUAUCCUGGCGUUGAUACUGAGCUGUUGAUUGACGUCCUAGCAGAAUUAAUAAGGAGCUCGAACGGCUCAACCGUAACAAGCAGCGACGAAUUGGCCGAGAGCAACAAAAAGGAUUGCAUCGAUCAAAGAACGGCACCGACGCUGGCUCUCCCGAAGCAGAAAGGGUCCCCACUGGCACCACCCGCAAGUGUGCCAAUUGUGGACAGGUCGGCCACAUCAAAACCAACAAAAAGUAUUGCUCUCUCUGUUCUCCCUCAUCUGCCUCGUCCAUCAUCAGAUCUCCCGACUAUGUUCAGGGUUGGGGGAAAGCGGUUCCGGCUCAAGCAAAAGUUGCUGCGGAAGCGUCGGCCGAAACGAGCCCCGCAAAACCCAGUGCCUCGAAAGCAAAGCCGCGAGCCAAAAAAUCAAGAGCCAAAGAGUCUCAAGGCCAAAAGUCACAAGCCCCAAAUCCCCGCGCCGUCCAAGGGACAUCCCAAGGCACCCAAGAUAUCGAAGCCUAAGAAGUACAAGUACAACAAGUACAGCCAUAAACCCUAUUGGCAAAAUACCAAGGCCAGGGUUCUCUAA